AUGUCUUCAGACGAAAUCAAAGAUGGCGGCCCGAGAAAGAAAUCGACCGUCGACAUUCUGGAUUUCAUCACCGAAUUGCCGGAUGACGUUCGGCUCGAAAUAAUCUCACUCCUGUGUAUAAAAGACGCAGUCAGAACGUGCGUUCUGUCAAAGAAAUGGCUUUCGCUAUGGACUUUACCGAGUAAAUUCACUUUCACGGAGAAAAAAUUAUCCACAUCGAUCGAGAAUUAUAUAUUGUUCGUGGAUAGUGUCGUGAGUCGUGCCCUAUCUCCGAAAGUCACUACGUUUGCUAUCGAAGGCGGAGAGAUUUUCAGGUAUGAUUCUCACAUUAAGGAUUGGCUGAAUUUCGCCAUACAAAGGAGAGUAGAGGAUUUAGUAUGUAUAUCCGACAGUUGUUCAAGAAUAUGUGAAAUACCUGAAAAUUUUUUCGAUUGUUCUUCCCUGAUAAAAUUGCAUAUGAGAGGGUUGUUUUUUCGAGAUGCAAAUCCGCCAUGGAACUGGCAAUUUCUGAAGAUAAUCCAGCUUGGUUUUGUACCGCUAAACGAUCUUAGUGUUUCAUCCCUAUUAUCAGGCUGUCCUGUGUUAGAAUCUGUGGAAUUCUACAGUGUCAAUGGUUUAAAUUCGCUGCUUAUCGGUUCUAAGAAAUUGAAGAAUUUGAUCUUAAAAGAUCUGCAAAAUGAUACUGGUAAUUUGGAAAUAAAUGCUCCGUAUCUGGAGUAUUUGAAUAUUGCAGGGAAUUUACGUAAUCUUCAAUGUAGACUACUGGAUGUGUCUGCUUUGGCCACUGCCAAGCUCACCUUUACAGUUGUUUGUGGUCUUGAACUGGGAUUUAAAAUCACCGAUUGUCACAAAUAUCAUAAAGCUUUUAUCAGUUUGACCCAACAGAAUAUUGGAAAACUCAGAUUGGCAAAGGAAAUCACAAUGGGGGCAUGGUUCUUUGAGGCCCCAUGCAUGCUUCAACAGUUUAAUGAAUUGCCGAAUCUGGACUUAAAAUGGACUCGUCUCACGCUUGAUCUGUUUAUAGAUGAUUUUAACGUGAACAGCGUAGCUGAUCUUAUUGGUGCUGCAACUUGCGUUGAAACAUUGAACAUAAACAUCAAAACAAGUCGAGAAAAUAUUGCCACAUAG